ACCGUCGGAUGGAUUUUACUUGGCAUUUUCAAGACACUGCGCAAUAGCUUGUAGAGUAACCGUGGAAUUACAUGCGAUCAUGAUGGCGUGUGAGAGGUACGUCUCUGCCUUUCUUCUUGUCUUUUCAACUGUCACAUCUGUGUUCGCUGUUACUCACUAUUCCAUUCCCGAAGAAAUGGAUGUAGGCUCGGUUGUUGCUAAUUUAGCGACCGACUUGGGACUGGAUGUGCAGACGUUAAGUAAACGCAAGAUGAGGCUUGACAUCAUCGCGAAUAAAAAAUACCUGGAGGUGAACAAAGAAACGGGCGAGCUGUAUAUUUUAGAGAAGAUGGACAGAGAAUAUUUAUGCAACACAAAGACGGCUACUACAUGUUUUCUCAAGAUGGAGGUCAUUCUCGAGAAUCCGGUGCGCAUAUUUAACAUAGAACUGGAAAUCGUAGACAUAAACGACAAUCCGCCUCAAUUUCGACGAGACACUAUACAUUUAGACAUUUCCGAGUCGACUCCAGCGGGAGAGCGCUUCUCUCUUAGCAAUGCCGUGGAUCCUGACACAGGCAGCAACUCCAUUAAAACAUACUAUUUGGGGGAAAGUUCAGAUUUUGAUAUAGAGAUUCAGACGGGUCGAGAUGGCUCUAAAUUCGUAGAUUUGAUUUUAAAACGGGCUUUAGACCGGGAAGAGCAGGCUGUUCAUAAUCUGAUUCUAACUGCAGUAGACGGUGGUGUCCCAGCGCGCUCUGGCACAGCUAGCAUCAUUGUCCGUGUGCUUGACACUAACGACAACGCCCCUAAGUUUGACAAGGAGAGUUACACCAUCACUCUCCCCGAAAACUCUCCAAUAGGCAGCCUGGUGGUUAAGCUGAAUGCAACAGAUUCAGAUGAGGGGAGUAACGCGGAUAUUACUUACUUAUUCAGCCUCUACACAUCCGAGAAAACACAAGAGGCAUUUAGCUUAAAUCAAAAUAAUGGCGAAAUUAGAGUUAAAGAAAUUAUCAAUUAUGAAGAUUUCAGAAUAUAUGAUAUGGAAGUCAUUGCCAAAGAUAACGGGGCAAGUUCUCUAUCCGGUCAAUGUAAAAUAACAGUUCUGAUCACAGACAUGAAUGAUAACCAUCCUGACAUAUCUAUUAAAUCUUUCCAAAGCCCUAUUAAAGAGAACGUGGCCGUAGAUACUGUAAUUGCAGUGGUCAGUGUUAGUGACAAAGACUCUGGGGAUAAUGGUGUAGUUGAUGUACACAUCCCUGAUAAGAUCCCAUUCGCGCUCAAGAAAUCAUCAGACAAUUAUUACGAGCUGGUUGUGUCAGAACCACUUGACCGUGAGAAAGUUCCAGAGUAUGACAUAACUUUUACCGUUACAGACAGGGGCUCCCCAUCGCUGUCAGAUAACGAAACAAUUACUUUGGAGUUGCUUGACGUUAAUGACAACGUACCGCAAUUUCCCCAAUCAUUUUACACCAUACGAGUCAUGGAGAACAACGCGCCAGGGGCCUUGUUGAGCUCGCUCUCAGCUUUAGACCCAGAUCUCCACGAAAACCAGUACUUAGUAUACUUCAUUAUAGAAAAGGAAAUCAAAAACACAUCUAUGUCUAUGCUGUUUUCUAUUAACCCUGAAAACGGAAAUCUUUACGCGCUAAAAACAUUUGACUAUGAGAUAGAGACAGAGUUUCUGUUUCAUAUAGAGGCCAGAGACUCGGGCAUUCCGCCACUGAGCAGUAACGUCACUGUUCACAUAAUCAUCAUCGACCAAAAUGACAACAGUCCCGUGAUAGUGUCUCCAUGGCGCGCGCACGGCUCUGUCGUUGACGAGAAAAUCCCGAGGUCCACCGACAAAGGAUCUCUAGUGGCAAAAGUAAUCGCUAUCGACACUGACUCUGUGCAUAACUCUAGAAUAACCUACCAGUUCCUCCAGAACACCGAUGCCACAUUGUUUAGCUUAGAUCAGUACAAUGGAGAGAUCCGGACAAUGAGGAUGUUCAGCUACAGAGACGCGCGUCACCAGCGCCUAGUGGUGAUCGCCAAGGACAACGGAGAGCCUGCGCUCUCUGCCACCGUGACCAUCAAGCUCUCCACGAUAGAGACCGCUCUGAAAUCCUACGCUGACUUGACUGAAGUGCCUUUGGAAUAUGACAUCUUUUCGGACUUGAAUCUUUAUCUGGUGAUUGGACUGGGCUCAGUGUCAUUUCUGUUACUGAUCACCAUACUGGUCACCAUCGUAAUAAAGUGUCAGAAACCCAAACACAGCAAAGCAGCUCCUCCCAGUAGGAACAGUGUGGCCAGUGACAGGAACUCAGCCUUCGCAGAUUCAACACUCGUCUCCAAUGACGCAUACUGGUACAGCAUGUUCCUAGCGGAGACGCGUAAAGGGAAGCUGGUUGUAAGACAGCCGGCGCCAAAAGGGUCGAGGUACAUCGUGUCCAGUCUACCAAGGAGUACUGGAUUAACGGAGACCAGUGGCUCGGCUACCUCCACUUUACAGGUAAGACAAUACUCUUAA